CUCAGCUCGUCGAUCACCUCUCAUCUCCGCCGGAAUCGCUUGAGCUCUCCAUCCUCGAUCGACGUCUGCGCCGGCGCCCUCCCGCGUUGUGGUUCCUUUAUUUCUUGCUUGCGGACAGCAAGAAACAUGGGACCUUUGGGCUAGCAUCGAUCGUGUUCUCGACACAACUUUGGCGAUCAGAUCCUGCUCGUUUCUCUGGCUAGAUUAUUGACGCAUCAUACUCAGAGUUCUUUUCGAUCCAGUGGUGGCUGGUGAGGAUGGCGAAUGCCAUGGUCAGCGCUGCGUUUUCGGUCGUGGGCAAGGCGCUGUCUCCCUUGACGGGCAGCCUGCUCAAGGACUGGGCAGCCAGCGUCGAGCUCGGCUCCAACGUCCAGGCCCUCGAGCUCGAGCUGCUGACCGUGAAGGUUCUGCUUGAGCACGCCAUCGGCAAGGACAUCGACAACUCGGCGCUCAAGGAGCUCCUGGUGAUGCUUCAGGAGCUCGGCUACGACGCCGAGGAUGUGUUGGACGAGCUGGAGUACUUCCGCAUCCAGGACGAGCUCGAUGGCACCUUCGAUGCCGCCGACGAGCAUGCCAAGGGUGGCGCGCACAACCUGGCCCUUAAUGUGCGUCACACCGCGAAAGCUGUUGGCAAACGGAUUUGGUUGCCCGCAUGCUUGUCUCCUGGCGCCAAGCGGGAGGCACGCAACAGCGACGACACCAUCGUCUCCUCACCACAGCACACCAGCCAGCAGGCUAAUCGAGAGCUCAACGAUGGACGCAGGGAAAAACUCGCUUCCAGAGUGUGUAACACCGUCGUCCACGCUGUUGGUAAAUGCUUCCCUUGCUCAUCUCUGCCACCUGCUCGUGAUGAUGAUGAUGAUGACAAUGACAAUGACAACGACAAUGGCUUAUUUGUUGAGGGGGCAUAG